AUGACGUUGGGGUCAAGGCGGGGCUUCCUUUCGUUCCUCCCCAAGUCGCAGCCGCCGUGCCGGUGGCUCUGCAUCUCCAAAAGGGGCCCUCCGACUUCUCACUGGGCCAGUCCGGCGCUGGGUGGCGGAGCUCUACUCUGCUCCCGCCGGUCUCAGAACCCGGCUCCCUUCUCUUCAGAGUUUCGAGCAACUUUCCCCGCCUCUGGAGCUAAAGUGGCUCGGGGACCGUGGCCGCCGCAGGUGGGAGAGUCCCCGGCCCGGCUCUCCGCAUCUCUGCUGUGCGCUCGCGCUGGGCAAGCCCUGGGUGCGUGCACCCUGGGGGUCCCCGGCCUCGGCUCUGUGGGCGAGAUGCCUCUGGGACACAUCAUGAGGCUGGAUCUGGAGAAGAUCGCCCUGGAGUACAUCGUGCCCUGUCUGCACGAGGUCGGCUUCUGCUACCUGGACAACUUCCUAGGCGAGGUGGUGGGCGACUGCGUGCUGGAGCGAGUCAAGCAGCUGCACUACAACGGGGCCCUGCGUGAUGGCCAGCUGGCGGGGCCGCGCGCCGGCGUCUCCAAGCGGCACCUGCGAGGCGACCAGAUCACGUGGAUCGGGGGCAACGAGGAGGGCUGCGAGGCCAUCAACUUCCUCCUGUCCCUUAUCGACAGGCUGGUCCUGUACUGCGGGAGCCGGCUGGGCAAAUACUAUGUCAAGGAGCGGUCCAAGGCAAUGGUGGCUUGCUAUCCAGGAAACGGAACAGGUUAUGUUCGCCAUGUGGACAACCCCAAUGGUGAUGGCCGCUGUAUCACCUGUAUCUACUACCUGAAUAAGAAUUGGGAUGCCAAGUUACACGGAGGGGUCCUGCGGAUAUUUCCGGAAGGGAAAUCGUUUGUAGCAGAUGUGGAGCCCAUUUUUGAUAGACUCUUGUUCUUCUGGUCAGACCGCAGGAAUCCACAUGAAGUUCAGCCCUCCUAUGCCACCAGGUACGCUAUGACUGUCUGGUACUUCGAUGCUGAAGAAAGGGCAGAAGCCAAAAAGAAAUUCAGGAAUUUAACUAGAAAAACUGAAUCUGCUCUUGCUAAAGACUGACUGUGGUGUGCAAUCCGCUGGCCGCAUUCGUUUAGUAGCAGUUCCGGAAAUAUUAAAGCGUCAAGAUCCAAAGAGUUUGUACAAUAAUCCCCCACUGCCCGCCUCAUUCAGCUCCCCACCUUGUUUGUGGUACUUCAUGUUUUCUUGCCGGGCCUGCAUUGACCUUCAGACGCUCUCUUUGCCAGAUGAACUCAUUUGCUAACUCCAGAAAUACCUGCAGACGGCAUCCUAGCUGGCCAGCGGUUUAACGGAUAGGUUUGGGAAUACGGCUGUUGAGCCCGGGACUGCUUCUUAUUCGCACUUUAUGUAUGCGUCCUGAUUUGAAAGGAGGAAGUUCGCAAAGAAAUAAGUGGGUGACAGAUGCCACGCCACGAAGGGGCACCCUCCGAACCCUCACAGCAAGAAAGAGAAAUGUCUGAAUCGUUUCCAGACGUUGUUAACCAGAGACUGGACAGUGACGACGACCUAAUGACAUUAUCACCUCUAGAAAGGGCUGGUGCCUAGUGAUCGAUGUCUAGGUGUUCCACGGUGGAUGCUCCAUUUUCCUGGUUUACGACCUGUUCUUUCUGAAGGUCAUUGCUAAGUCAAUGGCUCUCUUGUGGAAGAUGACCCCAACAUUUAUGCACUAUGUUUACUUCUUACUCGGGGAACCUAAUUAUCCAGAGAAUAAAAUUUGCUAGGUAGUUUGGGUUGUUUUUCUGUUAUUGAAAUUUGAAGGUAAAUCAGAGGACAGAAAGCUUCCUGGUAAUUCAGCACUAGAUUCUGCCAACUCUAUGGGAAGAGCAAAGCCCAGCGUACAUGAUUACUGUGAACAGUUUGGGAGGGAGAUGGGGUUGGAAGUGCAGACAGGCCCCUUUCAUCCUUGUGUGUUCCCUUUAACCGUUCAUCGUCCACAACAAAGAACAGUGUGCUGUACUCUUAGAAGAGAUGGAAAUAAAAAGACCUCAGAGCUA